AUGGCCCCUCUUCGUACCAUGACCGGGGAUACUUUCACCGAUAAGACACCUCAAUCGCCAGUAUCGCCAGUGUCUCCCACAAAUACCGACGCGACCUUAACGGGGGACUUUAUUGAGGGUGCUGAAGAUAGCCAUUCUACCAUUCAGCCCCCAACGCGGAGAGACUCAGUUGACGUUGAGAGCGCACAGCCUGAGAACGAAAAGAAGCGACCGAAUUUCUUGCGACGAAUCACAGUCCCUUUUCGCUCCGAGCCUGAGGCCGAAUAUGUGACUGAGAACGUCACGCGAACUUUGGAAAAAACUCCCAAUGGCUUCCCAAAACUUGCAGCAUUCCAAUCGAGUGAACAAAACUUCUCACUUUAUCGCGCCUUCUCAUAUCUUCACUCACGUAUCCUCCUUGAUUUGCAGGAUGAGAUCACAUCACUAGAACAGGAGCUGGACGAGAUUGACUGGGAUGACCACGACGAAGACCGCACUCGUUUGAUGUCGAGGGAUUUCGACAAAACCCAGCCUGAUGGCGAGGGGGCGCCUCGCAGCCGACGAGUUGUACUGCGAGAAAUCAAAGCCAAGCUAAUGGAAUAUGAUGAUGUCCUCAUCAAGGCAAGGACAGUGGGUUCCUUCCAGAAGCCAUCAGAUCGAAAUUACCGUAGUGUGCGACGCUACUGUUACAACAGAAAGCCGCUCAUGGACGCUGAGAUGGAAGCCAUUCGCAGCAAAGAAGACAUUGUAUCCUUGCACAAUGGUCGUGAGUGGGCGACCUUCGACGGCGGUGUCGAGAGUCUUAUCGGCCAAACCGACAUACUCCUGCAAAAGGUCUUUCGAACCAAUAAACUUCCACUACAAAAGUACUUCCGUACCCCAGAAGCUCAGGAGAAGACAACAGACCCUUACGUCUCCCUCUACAGCAGCUCCCGCAUCGACAAAGUUGUCAACAUGCUCAUCACAUUCGUCAUAUUCUGUCUCCUUGUCGUUCCCGUCAUCACCAUGUACCAGUUGACCAACACUGCUGCACAUGUGGUAACGGAUGCAUCAGGCAACACGUCCACUACCAGCCAAGUGGAUAUUGACAGUAGAGACACGUUCAACGCUGUGGGAGUGUUGAUCGUAUUCACACUACUUUUCAGCGCUGCAAUGAGUCUGCUGACAAAAGCGGCGAGACACGAACUGUUUGCGGCAUCGGCAGCCUAUUGUGCUAUCUUGGUGGUGUUCAUUGGCAAUUUCACAGGGCCUGGCAAUUGA